AUGUCUGCAUCUACUGCCACCGCCUCCACGGUGUCAGACUCUCCUCGCCCGGGGCGUCUCCGUCGUCUUAGCCAACUACGCGCUUACACCCAAAAUCUAUCUUCCCCCACUGGGCAACGGGCCCGCAAUUCUUUGAGUAGUCGAAUCCCCUGGUUAUCGCCAACUUCCAGCGAUUUCCCUCAAAGCCAGGGGACCUCCACUUCAUGUCCUGACGAUCACUCACUAUCCCGAUACACUUCUGCGCCCUCUCCUACUUCCCGUCCCGAUAGUCAAGUCUCAGUCGAUUCUGCUCCUCCAGACCCCAACGCUUCGGGAAUGGCUCGACUUCGAAGUGUCUCCGCCGUCUCAGGUCGGGCACCACGGCUCGGUCGCACUACCGUCCCAGAGGCCCUGUCCCAGCUACAAACUGCCCCCGUUCCACCCCCAGCGACCACCCCAUCCCCAGAACCUCCCACCGCGAGCGAGGCACCAGAUCUGCCCAUCACAACUCUCGAUGCGCAAUCACCAGCCACCCCAAAACAAAGAGCCACCAUUCGAUUCUUCCCUUAUCAGGAUACCUAUCAAAAUUCACGACCCUCUUUACCCUUUGUGCCCGUCGCCCGCACCUUACCAUCCGAGAGCUGUGUCAUUCGAGUCGGUCGCUAUUCUGAACGAGAUGGCAUUCCUAUCCCCAACCCCACCGAGCCCUCAGAUGCCCCCGUCGGCUUCAAAUCCAAGGUUGUCAGUCGCAAGCAUUGUGAGUUCAUGUAUGUCAAUGGUCAGUGGCAUGUCAAGGAUGUGGGCAGCUCGUCGGGUACCUUUUUGAAUCACAUGCGCUUAAGUCAGCCUAAUAUGCAGUCCCGUCUUUAUACCAUCAAGGACGGUGACAUUGUGCAAUUGGGUAUUGAUUUCCGGGGCGGCGAGGAAAUGAUUUUCCGAUGUGUGCGCAUUCGUAUUGAAUGUAAUCGCUCAUGGCAGCAACAACCUAACGAAUUCAAUAAAAACACGGAGAGCCUCAUUAACAACCUGGGCAAGGGUGAAACUGCUGAUUAUGCUGGCUGUCGGGAAUGCUCGAUUUGUCUGGGCUCGGUUCUGCGGCCAUACCAGUGUCUCUUCAUGGCGGCGUGUGCUCAUGUCUGGCAUUAUAAAUGCAUCAGUCGUCUGCUCCAUUCUCCCGAUUACCCAAUGUUUCAAUGCCCCAAUUGUCGCGCAUUUACAGACCUGAGCGCUGAAGUUGAUGACUCGAACGACUAUGAACCUGAAAAGAAGGAGGAAAAGGACACACCAGCCAUUGCUGGAGAAAUCGCCCCUGAACCUCGUUCCGAGACACAAUCCCCCGCCAAUACCUCCCUAGUCAUCGAUACGCACCAACAAGACAUCAUUCCCGAAGAGCCAGACCUGGUCACCGAUGUGGAGAAUUUGCAUUUGAAUGGGCAGAGGCCAGACGUGGAUACGGAAGAUAGUCGAAGCACGGACUCCCCCGCUCCUAAUGGGAGUCACGAUGACCUCUCGCGUAGUGCCACCAAUAUACCAGGCUGGCAACCUACACAACCUCUCAACGUUCCCAUCUCUCAUCUUCGGGCAGAUACUCCAGUCCGCUCCGAGACAUCCGACGACAAUCCCUUAACGCCUCGAAAUGAUUCAGGUCCCCUCGCCUUUGACGGUCGCGCAGGAAUGCAAUAA